AUGGCCAGUGCUUCGGGUCCCCCUCCUCGUAUUCCAAAUUUUGAGCUCAACGAACGUAUCGGCGCCUUCUUUGCGUAUUUGGGUCUCGUAGGGUUGGGUGCCGCAGUGCUAUUUCGACUUCCAAGUUUCGUGAAGCAUGUGCGUGGAACUGGUAAAUAUGGCUAUACUUUUCUCGCCGCACAACAGAAUGGUAGCGUGGCUUCCGGAGUCGCCAGAGUUUCGCAAGGGGAGACAGGUACAGUCAUGAAGAAUAGUUGGAUCAAAAGCACUUGGUGGAACGUUCAAAGGGCUCUCAUGACUCGAAUCCCACUGACCAGUGGACUCAGUGUUGGAAAACUCCUUCUCAUGAUGCGCUUUGGCUUUCUAGCCGUCUCUCAACUUCCCAUCACCUUCGCACUGAGUAUGAAGAAUUCCCCGCUAGGAUACUUGAUUGGGGAGGGUUAUGAGAAGCUCAAUUUUCUACAUCGCUUCACCGCCGAUUUUCUUUGUACAUGGUGGCUCGACGUCUCAGGUCGGCUGAUGUUCUUAUUUGCCCUGGUUCAUGGCGCCCUAUUGAUGAAGAUCCAAGUUGAACGAACUGGUACCAUUCACCUUGGUCACGCUCCUCCGUCCUGGGGCUUUGCUGCGCUUGUAACAAUGCUGGUGAUGGGCUUCACGGGCUGGCGAGUGAUAAGAGAAAGAUUCUAUCAGCUCUUUCUCGUCAUUCAUGUGAUCGGGUAUAUCGUCAUUCUGGUCACCAUUUGGAAACAUGUGCCAGCAACCCAUCCAUACGUCUACGUCUCCAUCGCAUUCCUUGGCGUCGAUCACGUCCUGAAGGCUCUCAAGACUCGUUAUACCGAUGCAUCACUCUCGAUAAUGCCGGGCGGACUGACACGAAUCGAGGUGCAUGGAAUUAAUGAGGGUUGGCAUGCAGGUAAUACGAUUUGGGGUGGCUUUUUCGAAGUGACUCUCUUAACCAAUGUGUGCAACUUGUUCGCGAUUCAGCAUCCUUUCACUAUAGUCAAUGCACCAAACCGCUCGUCCUUACCCUUGUUAGGUCAAGAUUUGGUUCUUGUAGCAAAAGCAGCUGGUGAUUUCACUCGUAAUAUGCAUAAAAUGGCCGACAAACCCAAUGAGCUUCUCUCGGAGAAAUCCAAGACUUCUGAAACUUUCAUGAAUUAUAAACGCUUCCGCGUCACUGUUGAAGGACCUUACGGCGUCUCAUUUGACGACCCCACAAAAUAUGGCACCGUCUUCCUGUGUGCGGGCGGGAUCGGGAUCACGUACUGCAUCGGAAUACUUGAAGAUAUUGUAGGUAAGAUCUUUAGAGGAGCCCCGAUAUCCACACAGAAGAUCGAGUUGGUCUGGGCGUUUCGCGACAGUCGUUUACUGGAGGGGUUUGAACCUGCUUUAGCGGAAAUAGUCAACGUAGCGGUCGCGCACCCUCAAAUUUCUAUCAACAUUCGACUCUUCCGCACUGGCGGUGACCGAAACUUGAAUGAUUACACGAGUUUACCCGCAAAAUUCGAGGCAGGAGCGCGACCAGACUUCAAAAACUUACUCGAUGAAGUCGCUGCACACCCUACUAGUCUAGCUAUCUGCGUCUGUGGCCCAAUCUCAUUCGUCGAUAGCGUCUCAGCUGCUGCAAUUAGUAUGAACACUGGGGAGUUAUCAGACAUUGCACUACAUACCGAACGGUUUGGGUGGUAG